CUCCUCCACCGCCAUGGCUUCUGCUUCUCCCGCCAAGAAGGUUCUGGUUCCGAUUGCGAAUGGCAAGGAGCCGGUGGACGCGGUGAUCGCCGUCGAUGUUCUGCGCCGAGCCGGAGCUGAUGUCACUGUGGCUUCUGUGGAGAAGCAACUGAGGGUUGAGGCUUGUCAUGGGGUUAAGAUCAUCGCUGAUGCUUUGGUUUCGCACUGUGGCCAGAGCUCCUUCGAUCUCAUUACUCUACCUGGAGGGAUGCCAGGUACUACCAAUCUUAAGAAUAGUGAAAGCUAUGAACAUAUACUCGAGACUCUUUUUCAUCUGUGCAAUGGUUGUGUGUAUAUGGUAUGUAAUCCAGCCAUCGCAAAUGAGAAGAUAACAUAUUAUCUUCUCAUCCUGAUCCUCAUAAAACUCACAUUUACAGUAGUAUAACUGCAAGGAUAGUCUUUAUUCUUUUUCUGCGAACUAGUUGUGUAAUUUUGCAACAUGAUCUCAUCAUAACCAUGAGCCUCUGAUUAUGGGCAAAGUUUGAUUAAUAUUUAAAAUUUCUCGUAACCAUACCUCUGGCAAUAAUUUUGCAAUGUUUGUAGUAAUAGUUAUCUUUUUCUUGAUUGCCACCUUCUGAUCUUUUGAAAUUAUACUGCUUUAUGCAUGUGAAUGAUGGUGGGCUACUGUUUCAUGAUAUAUACGAUCCCUUUCUGUCAAUGUUUGUAGUAAUAGUUUUGUUCUUUCUGUUUUUUCACAGUUGUUCUAUGAUGUUUGAGAUUCUUUGUAGUCAUAUUGGACUGAUGCUUGAUCUGGUAAGGAAGUACCUAAUAGUAUAGAUGGUAAUAAAUGUUAUCUCUGAAGAAAUUGUUCAUUGUUUGAUGGCUAUGAUUAUGGAAACUAAGUGCACUUAUGUAGAAUGGGAAACAAAGGAAGUAGAUAUAGUUGGAAUGCUGUCAAUUGAUUGAAAUUAGAAGUGUUUCAGAAUAGAGACAUUGUCUUCUACGAUGUAGUAGACAGUUGAACCAAAUGAUUGAAUAUCUCUGUUGACUCAAUAGUUAAGCUAUUUAAUAUAAUAUUUUUGGAUAAGAAUCAGUGUACCCUCAUAAGUUAUAUAUUGUUUCUUAUUCUCAAGAUUCCAGAUGCCAAUGGAGCUUUUCUUUAUCCUAUGUAUGGUCAUGGGGAGUUAGAACAAGCCUUUUGCUGCCGUGCUGCUGUUAAAAGUUGUCUUCAAGUUAGUUCAACUG